GCUCCAGUUACAAACUGGAGCUGGAGACAAGAGAGGGAACCAGGAGCUGGGCAUAUUGGGGCAGAGCUGUCUCUGCAGGCACCCCCAGAUAUCUUGGACGUGUUUCUGGUGAGCUGGAGAGAGAAAGGAGAGGAUCCCAGGGGUACAGAUAAUUUCCUCUCUCCAUUAACUCCAGCCUGUCGGUGUCACCGUGCCUGUUCUGCAUAAUUAACAACCCUUUGGGUUGGAAUAAACUGUGGGCACCGCUGGACAUUAGCCUUUACCUUGUCUCCCAUCAGGUGGUCCUAUCAGGGCUCCAGCCCUGAUGAAUUAGUUAAUUAAUGCUAAUUUUUUCCGUUUAUUCCCAUGGCAGCUGUGCAGUGUGUCAUGUCCACCUGCACUAGCUUGGUUUCUCUGUUAUUGGGGAACAAGACCUAAAGAAUUGGCUUUUAUCCCACUACCCGAAUAUUUCAUUAAGUUCAAGCAUUCAGGAAUUAGGAGCAAAUGCCUUUUCAUUCCCAGGAAGACAACAGCCUUUUAUAAUGAUGAUGAUGAUGAUGAUGAUAAUAAUAAUAAUAGUAGUAGUAGUAGUAGUAGUAGUAGUAGUAGUAGUAAAAAGCAAGCUGGAUUAGGGUGCUGUGCUGCUGCUGCAGUGUGACAGCCUGGGGCUGCAGCACUGCCGGGUCCUCUGCUGGAACCCGCUCUGCCCCAUGGCAGACUGGGGACCCGGGGCACCCCACCCUGCACACCUGACAGGAACAUGGUACAGGGACACCAGUGUGAUACUGAGCCCCCGCCACGAUCCUUGCUCUCAGCAGCGGUUUCGAGAGGGGCAGCAUGAGCUGCUGUGACUGGACCGGGAUGGGAAGGGGAUGCUCAUCUUGAUGGGCUGCAUUCCUCCACACAAAAGUCAUCCGAUUUGUCCCAUUAGUGCCAUCAUUAAAAUCCAGUUAGUCUCCUACGGAGAGCAAAUGCAGCUCAGCCAAGACCCUGCAAGGGUCUGGUGGCCCCAGACCCCCGUUUCCCCUGCCAGCCCUGGGAGUGCCUGGUGAGCCGUCCUCCUUCCCUCUUGUGUACUGGGGCUAAUUGAUGCAGGGGGCCCGGGAGCCAGGCUUCUCACCUUGUUAGCAUGGCAAUUAACUCUCUUUACCCUCCUGAUUGCUCCUGUGCAUAUUUUACUCCAGUCCAGCUUUCUAGUGAGUUAUAAAUGCAGCACCGGGGAGGCCGGGGGAGUUGUGUAGGGACAGGGAGCACAGAGCCAUGCUGGGGACUGUCCUGCUGCUGCUGGCCCUGGCCAAGACGGGAUGCCCGAGCCCAGCCAGCUUGAUGAGCCGGCGGGCUGAGGCGCUGAAGAAACUCCUGGAAGUCUUUGGCAUGGAAGACCCUCCAGCCCCCCCAACUCACUUCAAGCGGCCCCCCCAGUACAUGGUGGAUCUGUUCAACACUGUUGCCAAUGCGGAUGGCGUCACCAAGAACCCUUUCGUCCUGAAGGGCAACACCGUCCGCAGCUUCCUGGAUAAAACGCACAGUGAGGAGAUGCGGUUCCUGUUUGUCCUCUCCAGCGUGGCCAAGAAUGAGAAGAUCCUGAUGGCAGAGCUGCACCUCUUCCGCCUCUGGCAGAGGGUCACACAUAGGCCCAAAAGGCACCACUUCUGCCAGGUCAGUGUGUACCAGGUGCUGGAGAAAGACAAGCCAGACACCUCUGGAGGGAAGAAGCUGCUGGUAGCACGGACGGUCUCACUGCAAACCUCGGGCUGGGAGGUCUUUGCCAUCACAUCGGCUGUUCGUGACUGGACUGAAGAUGAAAGCAGAAACCAGGGUUUGCUGGUGACAGUCCAGAGCCCGGAUGAGAACCCGCUCGACCCCCCACCACUGCAGUUUGCAUCUGGCAGGGGCCACCAUGAGAGCAAGAAGCCCAUGUUGGUCCUUUUCACGGAUGAUGGGCGCCGUGGAGCGUUGCAGCCCACAGCUGGCUUCCCAGAUUUAAAGCCUCAGGCUCCUGAUCUCCCUGCCAAGUUGCCAGUGCCCAAGCUGGGCAGAUCACGCAGUACACGCUCGCUGGACCGGCCCCAAUCCUGCCAGAGGUACCCAUUGUCUGUGGACUUCGAGGAGAUUGGCUGGUCUGGCUGGAUCAUCUCACCACGGGGGUACAACGCCUUCCACUGCAAAGGCUCCUGCCCCUUUCCUCUGGGCGAGAACAUGCGGCCAACAAACCAUGCCACAGUGCAGUCCAUCAUCAAUGCCCUGAAGCUGAGUGAGGGUGUCAGCAGCCCCUGCUGUGUGCCUGACAAGCUCUACUCCAUCAACCUCCUCUACUUUGAUGAUGACGAGAAUGUUGUCCUCAAGCAGUACGAUGACAUGGUGGCCGGGAGCUGUGGCUGCCACUGAGGCAGGAGAAGGGGGCUGGAAUCACCGCUGCAGUGGAGGCUGCUCCCUCCAGAGCAUCAGUGAGGUCUCUGUCCUAUAAACCCUAUAAAACAGAUUGGGACGAGCAAAGCAAGGGUCUGCCCUGGAUGGUGUCACUCCCUGACAGGGCCAGCCCAGGAAGGCUCAGGGCCAAGCUCUGAUUAAAUCAACUUGAAGGAGCCCGUGUGAACCAGUAGCCACAGGGCUGCAGCUCCGUUUUGGGGUGCUCUGUGCAGGUGCAUGGGUGUCCCUGCCCAUGCAGAGGCUCCUGCAGGCUGUACUAUAUGUAUAUAGCAAGAGCACUAAUAUAUGACAGAUACCGCCUGUACAGUGUCCUGUAAAUGUCCGUACAUUCCUGCAUUGCUGUGACUUGUAAAAUUAAUUCAGAGCAACUAUUUAAACAUGCCAUUCUCCAAAA